AUGGCGUCGUCUCAUGGUCCCACACCACCUACUCUGUCCUCAAUUGCAGCUGAAACUUCAGUUCCCUCCGGCCUUGAUACAUUCAAGACAGAGUACCAUCCGAAAUCUGGUUGCGCAACAACUAUAGAGACUUUCUCUACCUUCGGGCGCAAGCAAGAUCAAUGGUUGCCCAUCAUUGACGAAGAACCCUGGCAGCUGUUCAGCUGUCGUGCAGACUUUGAGUUUGCUGAACUCGCACACAAUGCCGCCUUGAACAAGGACCACACAGACGAGCUGUUGCGGCUCAUUUGGAGAAUCGCUGAGGGCCAUGUAAAAUUCACAUUCAAGUCCCACCGUGAUGUUUCUUCGGCCUGGGACAGGGCGGCCUCUCAGAUGACACCUUUCGAGAAGCAUACUAUCACUGCCCGACACAAACGGGAGGACCUUACAUUUGAUGUAUAUACACGCCCAUUGUGGGACUGGGCCUUGGACUUACUACAGGACCCAUUACUGGCGCCGCACUUUCCUUGGACUGCAGAUCGCUGGUGGAAUGUACAAUCGUCUUUACCCGAAAACGGCGUCCCUUUUGCCUUCAUACUGUAUGCAGACAAGACGCAUCUGUCUUCUGCUGGGACCAUUAAAGCUUAUCCGGUCUUCGCUCGAUGUGGGAACUUGCCCGUUCACAUCAGAAAUACUGAUGGGCUGGGCGGCGGACGGAUGGUCGGCUGGCUACCGAUAGUACCUGAAGACUCUAAGGAGGAUGGUAAACUGUCUUAUGUGAACCUCAAACGGGUUGUGUGGCAUGACAGGUUUCUCAAGCUUCUUGAAACCAUCAUACUCUAUGCCAAGACAGGAUACGCACAUCUGUGUUCUGACGGUAUUGUUAGGUGGCUGUAUGCAUUCAUUUUGCUUUUGUUGGCUGAUUACGAAGAGCAAUGUGUCAUGGCGCUCAUAUGGGGGACAAACUGUCAUUGCCCUUGUCCAAUCUGCCUUGUCCCAUCGGAUAAACUCUACGACAACGCAUCUACUUAUCCAAUCCGAUCGCCUGAAGAUGCGCAAUCUUGUGUAGAACUGUGGAAGAAGAAUAAAGCAGCUGGAGAAGAAGCAUUAAAAAAAUGGGGCUUGCGGCCAGUUAUGAAUGUCUUCUGGCAGAUCCUGAAUUCUAACCCUCACGAAAUGAUCUCACAGGAUCACCUCCAUGUUUAUCAUAUCGGGGAAUGGGGGAAACAUCUAUUUGGCGAGCUUAAACGACAUGCAGCGGCUUUGGGACGCAGCGCCGAGAAGAAGAUUGACGAUCAGUUCGCUGCCUUCACACGUUGGCGCAAUUUGAAUCAUUUUGAUCGCGUUACCAACAUCACCUGUAGCGAUGGUAACAAACUUCGAGACAUUUCCAAGCAAAUCUUAUAUACCACUCAGAACGUGCUCAUGCGCACAGACGAUGAAGCUGGCUAUGCACUUCUACGGUGCAUAGCGAGUUAUCUACAUAUCGACAUGUAUGUAUCACUUGACGUGCAUACAGAGAGCACAAUCCAAGCAGGAAAAGCGGAGGUUCUGGUGUUUCAGACGCACUUAGAGGACUACAUCGCAAUUAUCGAGGAGACCGAUCCCGAUGCAACCAAGAACUGGAACUUUCCCAAGAUGCAUGCCUCAAAGCAUAUUUUCGACGAUAUCCUCACAAAAGGUGCUGCCCGCAACUUCAGCACUCGACCGAACGAAAAGCAGCAUGGGCCGAUCAAGCGCUGGUACCUACGGCAGACCAAUUGUAAGGAUAUCGCUAACCAGGUGUGUCGUUGCCAAGAAGUUUGCUUCUCAUCAAUAACUAAUAACAUCGCAUAUUUGUAUUAUAGAUCCUUGUACUCGACCAUAAGAGCUUCGUUACCCGAGUUUAUUCGCAGCUGUAUUGAAUUUCUUGAUGAGGAACGACAUAAACUCACGCUCUCACGGGAAGAACUUGAAGACACGACACUGACGACGAGCCAUUUGAAGCUCACCUGCAUAUCGGUGACUCUCACCAGCCUAGCGCAAGUGGAGGAAGACAACAGGUCAAAUCAUGCCUUUGACCAUUUCAGGAAGAAGCUCACAAUGUUUCUGAAUCACUUCCUGCCCUCCCACAACAUACCAUUACCAGACGGAAUACAGUGGCUGAAACUUUCAGCACAUGACCAAGUUCACAAACAUCGCUAUCUCAAAGUCCACUAUGAGUCAGCUGCUACCUGGAAGUUGGCCACUGACUAUCUGCGAUGCAGUCCAAGUUUUCAUGGCCACAAGCGUCGUGACUGUGCUCUAAUCCGCACACAGGACAAGGAUGGCCACGACAAAUAUAUCUUUGUCAAGCUAUUAUUUGUGUUCAAGCUUACUGUCUGCAACCGCACCUUAGAUCUUGCCUUGGUUCUUCCCAUGGAUGCUUCACCACGUCAGCGCCUCCUAGAUCGAGACCUGCGACUGACUCGACUACGUGCACAGCCUGCAGCUUUGUCUGAAUUCGUCACUCUUCAUUCCAUUAUUCGUGGUGCUUUACUUGUCCCAGAUUUUGACAACCACGGGGAUUAUUUUCUCGUUGACUACGUGGAUACUGAUAUGUUUCUUCAGGUCCAAAGGAACCUUAUUUAG